AUAACGAAGAGGUAGAAACCAAUUUUAGAGCAAUGAAGCUGAAGCUGACUCACAUGUGUUGGAAAGAGAAUCUGAGGAGCGCAGCCGGGAGGGAGAGAGGUGAAUCCUGGCGGAGGGAGUUUCGGGACAAAGUGGCUCAAGGCCACGAGGGGCUCAAAUUCUCGCUGUUGGUUGGUUGGUUUGCAACUUUCAGGCGCUCCCGAUUUUCCCGCUCCCUCUCGUGGCCGAUUUUGCAGCUCAUCCCGUCAUGCACUGUGCAACCCACCUCCCCCCGCCUCCCUCCUUUCCCCAUCUCCUUCUCCAUCUUACGUUUCAUUUUAUUUGUCUGCGAUCACAUCCUCGAAUCGGCCGAGUAGUAUAUGCGUCCCUGCAUUUCAGAGAUUUGGAUUAUGCAAUCCUGGGUUGUUCCCUGAUUUCCUCAUCUGGAUGGGCUUCGGAGUCUCCAGGCCAUCAGAGAGGGAAUUGAGGACUAAGGUUUGCUGUUAAAAUCAGCAGGAUGGGAAGGGUAAGGCUAAAGAUGAAGAAGUUGGAGAAUACAAAUGGCCGCCAAGCAACUUAUGCAAAACGGAAGAAUGGGAUAGUGAAAAAGGCUAAUGAGUUGGCAAUACUUUGUGAUAUAGACAUUGUCCUUCUCAUGUUCUCACCAACUGGCAAGCCCUGUUUAUGCAAUGGACGAAGUAGUAUUGAAGAGGUUAUUGCAAAGUUUGCCGAGUUAACUCCACAAGAAAGGGCAAAAAGGAAGUUGGAAAGUCUCGAGUCGCUGAGGAAAACCUUUAAGAAGUUGGACCAUGAUGUAAAUAUACAAGACUUUUUAGGUUCAAGUCCCCAAUCAAUUGAGGAUUUGACUAACCAAUCAAGACUACUACAAAGUCGACUUUCAGAAGUUCAUAGGAGACUAAGCCGUUGGACUUACCCAGACAAGAUCGAUAGCGUAGAAGAUCUGAGGCAAAUGGAAGAUUCACUCAGGGAAUCACUUAAUCAAAUUCAAGCAUGGAAGGAAAAUUAUGGAAAGCAGCAACUUUUUUCAUUGGGAUGCCCUAGUCAGUUUCAAAGUGAGAUGCAUUUACCUUUUGGAAUAGGCAUUGAACAACAGUUCCAACAUCUGCCAUGGCUCCCAAAUAACAAUAGUCAACACAUGGUUUUACCCUACAGCUCAAACUUGCUUUCCCAAAGGGAUAUGGAGUGCCCUGCAGGAUCCUCCUUUGGGAGCUAUUCUGAUUACCUCAUGAUGGGUAAAAGGGCAGAGAUUGCCAAUCCUGGGCCAGAAAUUGGUCUCUUGAGUGAGUUGAAUGGAACUGCAUCCCUGAGCCUAGGGCCAGGUGGACAAUAUCCCUACCAGUCAUACAAUCUGAGUUUACCAAGUGACAGGAGCCCUGCUGGGGAGAUGAGCCUGCAAGAAAGCCCUAUGGAUUAUCAUGUUGAUGGAAACUUUGAACCUCCUCAACCCGUGUAUGACACCACCCAUAGUUGGGCUCCUACAUCAGUGCCUUGCACUGUGGCUAUGUAUGAUGAGCAUUUAUAUCGCCAGCAACCAAACUGAGUUUCAUCAAUGGCAGUGGACAUCUACCCAGCAAGCAGCCGAAGAGCUUGUUCUUUAUGUUGUGAUAUGUUCUCACUCUACCAUAUUUUUAAGUCAGCUGAUUUGUGCAAUGGUUUCUUUGCCUCACAAUUAUAGGUGGCAACCUGCAACUUAUAUAGACCGCUUACUACAUGAGCACCUCGAGAUCGAUUUGUCUCUCCCUUGCAUUGCCACUUUUGUUGCAUCCAGUCUUCCGCACACAAGAAAAAUUCAGCAGCCAGUUUUGCUGAGAGUUUUAUUUUUAUUUUAUUUUCUUGUUUUCAAACAGAGAUCACUUGUGGCGCAGGAAUACUGCUUUGCCUGCUCCUGCUCAGAAAGCUGUAAAUUAAGUACAUACAUACAUAUAUAUUAAUGAUUGAAAUGUAAAUUAAUCACAAA